UCUCCUCAGUCUUCAAUUCGCGUAUUCGUUCGACAUCCACAGACAAAGGACGAAACAAGCGGGGAGCAUGUCGGUUCAGGUUUCGGCAAUUCCAUCUUCUUCUCCGAGUAAAGGGAGAAGCGGCGGGGUCGAACGCCGGUUGGCCGAAUAUCAUGAGAGCGUAUGGGGCGAUCACUUCAUCAAAUACGCUUCCCCCUCCUACUCAACGGAGUUCAAAUUCCUCGGAAGAGUGGAGGAACAAGUUGAGGAAUUGAAAGGAGAGGUGAGGAAGAUGGUGACUAAUGCUAUGGAUAAGCCUUCACAAAUGCUUCACUUGAUUGAUCAAAUUCAACGCUUGGGAAUUGACUACCAUUUUGAACGAGAAAUAGAUGAGCAACUAGAACGAAUCCACAAAAGUUACUCACAACUUGACCAUGGAGAUUUUAAGGGAGAUGACCUUCACAUGGUUGCUCUUAUGUUUCGAUUGCUGCGACAACAAGGUUUCAAUAUUUCAUCGGAGGUUUUUAACAAUUUUAAGGACAAUGAAGGCAACUUCAAGAAAUCACUCAUCAUGGAUGUGCGCGGAUUGCUAAGUCUAUAUGAAGCUUGUCAUUUAAGGUGCCAUGGCGAUGCUAUUUUGGAAGAAGCACUUCCUUUUGCGAUAACUCACCUUGAAUCAAUUGAUGAAAGGAAAGUAAGCACUAGUCUUGCGAAACAAGUGAGUCAUACCCUAAAGCAGCCACUUCGCAAAGGUUUGCCGAGACUUGAGGCAAGGCAUUAUAUUAUACUCUACCAAGAAAAGCCUUCACAUGACGAGGUAUUGCUCACCUUGGCUAAACUAGAUUUCAACUUACUGCAAGAGCAACACCAGAAGGAACUUGGCGGGAUUACCAGGUGGUGGAAGAAUAUAGAUGUUGCAAGGAAGUUCCCAUUUGCUAGAGACAGGAUUGUGGAGUUGUUCUUCUGGAUGGUGGGAGCAUAUUUCCAACCGGAGUUUGCAAUGGCCAGAAAUAUACUUACCAGAGUGACUAGACUGAUUUCCAUUCUCGACGAUAUUUAUGACGCCUAUGGCACAUUGGAGGAACUUGUAACCUACACCGAAGCAAUUGAGAAGUGGAAUGUUGAUGCAAUGGAUGGACUACCAGAGUACAUGCAAGCUCAUUAUAAGGAGCUUCUCAAUCUCUAUGAUGAAAUUGGGAAUGAUUUGGCCACAAAAGGAAGAUCAUACCGCCUUGCUUAUGCAAAAGAAGCCAUGAAGAAGCAAGCAAAAGGGUACUUUCAUGAAGCCAAAUGGUUCCAUUCUAGCUACACACCAACACUGGAGGAAUACAUGCCCCUUGCAUUAUUAACGACAGGAUAUGAAGCAUUAUCGAUCACAGCACUUGUAGGAAUGGGCGAUGUUAUUACAAGAGAUGCUUUUGAAUGGUUGCUUAGUGACUGCAAGAUUUUGAGGGCUUCACAAUUCAUAUGUAGGUUCAUGGAUGACAUUAGUUCUCACAAGUUUGAGCAAAAGAGGGGACACGUAGCAUCUUCGGUGGAGUUGUUGAUGAAAGAAAAUUGCAUCUCGGAGCAAGACGCUGAGGAGGAACUCCAGAAACGAGUUGUUGAUGCAUGGAAGGACAUCAAUGAAGAGUUUCUUCGUCCAACUGCAGGCCCAAUGCCGGUUCUCACCCUGAUUCUCAAUCUCUCACGGGUGAUCGAUGUGUUAUACACCAACGGAGAUCAUUACACCCACUCCAAGACUAAGCUCAAAGAGCAUAUCGCAUCACUCUUUGUUAAUCCCUUGCCGAUUUGAAAUUUGAACAAAAUAUCGUUACACCAAUGUUGUAUUGAAAAUAAAGGGUCUAUCAAUCAUGCCUUUGAACUCUCUAUUAUUCUAGAAUGCAUGAGGAAAGAUACUUCAAAAGUGAUGCGUGUAUCCAUAAUUUCCCUUUUGCCUUCAU